AUCGACCCACCCACAUCGUGCUAAGACCCACUCAGGCUCCACCGAACCGCCCCAGCCUACCUCCAGGCCCAGACAGAGGCUGACAUAGCACCCACAGCAUGGGGGAACCCAGCGAGCUGGUGCCCAAUUCAGGUGCUGUGUUUACAUUUGGAAAAACUGAAUUUGCUGAAAAUAUUCCUAGCAAAUUCUGUUUUAAAAAGUACAUACCUAUAUGUCUUUCCUGUGGAGAUGAACAUACUGCAAUUGUUACAGGAAAUAAUAAACUUUACAUGCUUGGCAGUAAUAACUGGGGGCAGUUAGGAUUAGGAACAAAGUCAACCUUUAGCAAGCCAACUUGUGUCAAAGCUUUAAAGCCUGAAAAAGUGGUAUUUGCUGCCUGUGGAAGGAACCACACCAUAGUUUCAACAAAAGGAGGCAAAGUUUAUGCAGCUGGAGGAAAUAAUGAAGGACAGCUGGGACUUGGUGACACUGAAGAGAGGAACACUUUUCAUCUAAUUAACUUUUUUACAUCUCAGCAUAAGAUUAAACAGCUUGCUGCUGGAGCUAGCACUUCAGCUGCAUUAACUGAAGAUGGAGAGCUUUUUAUGUGGGGUGACAAUUCUGAAGGGCAAAUUGGUUUAAAAAAUUUAAAUAGUGUGUGUGUCCCUCAUCAAGUGACCAUUGGAAAACCUAUCUCCUGGAUCUCUUGUGGAUAUUACCAUUCUGCUUUUGUAACAAGGGAGGGAAAACUGUAUACAUUUGGAGAACCUGAUGGUGGGAAGUUAGGUCUUCCCAAUCAGCUGCUGGUCAAUCACAGAACACCCCAGCAUGUGUCUGGAAUUUGUGAGAAGGUGAUCCAGGUAGCUUGUGGUGGAGCGCACACAGUGGUUCUCACAGAGAAAGAUGUGUACACCUUUGGCCUGGGACAGUUUGGCCAGCUGGGUCUUGGCCCUUUUCUUUUUGAAACUUUAGAACCCAAAGUUGUUGAUCAUAUUAAGCAUCAGAAAAUAAGUUCUAUUUUCUGUGGAGAAAAUCACACUGCUUUGAUAACAGAGGUGGGCCUUCUGUAUACUUUUGGAAAUGGUAGACAUGGAAAAUUAGGACAUGGACUGGAGAAUUUUACCAAUCAUUUCAUUCCUACUUUGUGCACUAAUUUUUUGAAGUUCACAGUUCAAUUGGUUGCUUGUGGUGGAUGUCACAUGCUAGUUUUUGCUUCUCCACGACAUGGUGUGUCAAAAGACAUUUAUUUCGAUGAAAUAAAUGAUUCUUGCUUACCUUCAGCAACUUCUCUACCUGUCAGUGAUCUGUCAUCAGUAAAUGUUGUGUAUAGAACUUUCUCAGCACAUCUGCAGCGAAGAAAAAAGGAGAAAUUGCCCGAUUCCAUUCAAAUGGUGCAAACACUACCUCCAAUUGAAGGUACUUCUGUACCACCUGUUGGUUUUGCCCCCAGUUCAGUUCCUUUCCAUCUUCCUACAAGUCCUUCACCAGAACAAACUAUGUCUGAAAAGUGGGACACCCUGCACUCAAUGCAACCUAAUUAUUUUCAAGAUAAAAUAACCAAAGAAAAAGAAACAAAUAAUUCUUCAGCAGCAGAUUCAGAAAGCUUUGGAGAAGCCACAGAUGUCUUAAGUAUGACACAUGUGAUCAGUUUGAAUUCCAAUGACAAGUCAUUAAAAUUAUUGCCAAUUCAAAAACAAAAGAAACAAACAAUUAAGAAACUGAAGCAGCACACAGCUCAUAGUGAAAAUGAUGAUAGUGAUGAACAUGAAAGUAAAGAGAUGUGCCAAAAUAUGAAAGAAGGGAAAACAUAUAAUCAACUUUUGGCAAAAGGAAUCUACAUGGCUCAAGCAGCUGUGGUUAUGGGAGCAUUUUCAAAUAAGCAUGUACAGAUUCCAGAGGAGCAAAAAGGAACAGAGGAUUCAAAAAGAAGUAAAUUAGAGGAGCAAAACACAGAGGCAAACGAGAAAAAUAUGGAGGUGUAUGGAGGAAAGGAAGAGGAAGUAGUGAUCUUAUUAGAUGACCGGACUGACAGGAUGGAGCAUCAUACAUUUUCAGAAAAAGAAGAAAGUGAAAAUGUCGACGAGGAAACUCAUGACAAUCUGAAAGAUGAGAAGAAAGCCAGGGGAGGCCAUAAAAAUCUUGAAGAUGAGACAGAGGAGCAAAAAAAAACAGACAACUCAGUUGAAAAAGACAAAAAGUCCAACUGGAACAAACAACAGGCCAUUUAUAAAUACAAUGAAAAUCCAAAAGGAAACAUGCAUAAAAGGAUAUGGUAAUAUGUUUUGGUUUGAACAAUAUGGCCAGUUUUGAUAUUUGUUUACACUAACAUUUUUGACAAGCCAAUUCAAAUUGUACCUCAAACUCUCCUUCAAGUGUUGCAAUAAAAUUGCAUUGAAAUCCUUCAAUAUAAAAAUAUUUUUAUAUGUGACAAAUUAAGAUAUUUCAUAGAUUUUACUAAACGAUUUUACUUCUUUGUAAUUUGAUAAGGCAGCAUUUGCAAUUGCAUGAUGCAGUUUUUUAUG